AUGUCAUCUUUUUAAAUAUUUAUUCCACUUGAACUCCUUGUGUAUGAGCGAAUUUGAACAAAUCUCAGUAUGUUUUGGUGUUUUUACAUAUAUUACAUUUGUGUUGGAUUUUUUAACGAAUUCUCGCUUGCCACAGACUCAGGCAAGGACUCUGGACAAGAUCCGCCGCCAUUUGUGAAUCCCUUCAAUCAUGGAAACUCACUGUUUGAGACUCCAUACUCGGGCUCCAUCAACGCCAUGGGAAGCGGGGGAGGGGGAUUCCUGCAGGGGGCUAUGUCUAUGAAUGGCGGGGGAGGGAGGAACGGACUACCCUCAAUGUACAUGAAGGACGGCACGCUUCACAUGGGUCACCAACAGCAGUGUCUGAAAAACAUAGUCUGUCCAACAUACUGCCACGAGACGGACAAAGAUGGCUGCGAGACGUGCCCGUGCGGACCAGCUAAUGGAAUGUUACCUCCGGGCUACACGGAGCAGCAUCAGAAGAAGAAGCCAGAGGAGGACGUGAAGAAGGACAGUCAGUGUCUGCACACCCUGAUCUGUAUGUUGUCGUGUAAGGACGGGUACCAGCUGGGCAAGAAGGGCGGGGACGGCUGUCAGACCUGUAAAUGUCUCAAGAAAGAUGACGAGAAGAACAAAAAUAACACAAGUCACACAGGACAAAAAGGACAGGAGACGCUGAACAAUAAAAACAAAACUCAGAACACCGCGGGCGGAUCCAAUGCACAGGGACCGUUUGGUGGCGCUGCAGGGAGCGAAUCAGGAUCCGGAUUCAAUCCGAUGUUUCCCGGGACCGGAAUGGGAUCGGCAUCGGCAAGCGGUGCUGGAAUGCCGAGCCCGUUUGGCGGCGGCGCUUCCGGUGGGAUGGCGAUGAGUCCGUUCGGGCUGGCGGCAGGUGGCGACAGGACGCCGGGAAAAGACUGCUUUGGACCAGAAUGCUCAGCGAAAAAUGGUAUGAAAUUAUUGGGCGGGACGAGGCCGUCAAAAGACACCUGUCCCUCUACUUCCCUGUGUAUCAAAACCUGUAAACACGACCUGAAACUAGGGCCCAAAGGUUCCGAUGGCUGUCCCUCAUGCGCUUGCGUGAAAUCAGAAUCGAGUACAACAGCAGUACCAAGCCAGAAAACAUGUGAUGAACUGCUAAAAUGCAUGAUGGGAUGUCAAGACGGAUACAAAAUCGGCUCCGUGGAUACUUCCGGUUGUCCUGUUUGUUCGUGCAAAUCAAGUCCCGCCCCUAUCACAACACCUGCUUCUAUGUCCUCUUGCCGGGAGAUAAUGGAACUUUGUGUCCAAAAUUGUCGCUAUGGUUACCAGCUUAUUCCCUCCUCUAAGGUGGGAGAGUGCACCAGCUGCUUGUGUCAACCAGCUCCCACAAUGCCAAUGCCAACAACAUCGAAAGUGACUGCCCACCAUACAUCUUGUCAGGAUGGCGUCGUCAGUUGUAUGACAAGUUGUCGCUAUGGUUACUUCCUGAAGGCUUCAGAAAAUGGCGGCUGUCCCCGCUGCCAUUGUCUCCCACCCCGGCGGAAGAUCGAAAGCUCGGCAGUUGUAACAAGUAAGCCUAACGUAUACAAUAUCCUAAAGAAUUGCCCAGGAGCUGUACAUUGUAUGCUAAAUUGUAAAACUGGAUACGUUCUUCGAACUGGCUCUGGAAGUGAAUGUCCUCAGUGUACCUGUCAAGCAGUUGCCGUGCAGCCUCUGAGAUGUACCUCUGCUCUGUUCUGUCAUCGGGGUUGUGUUCUUGGUUACAAACAUGGCGACCAUGGUUGUCCUUCAUGCUCCUGUAUCAGUCCCUCAGAGAUAGGAGUGACGUCACACACUGCCAUUUUUAUCACAUCAUCAGUUCGCUGUAAUGCCCAUUUUUCCUGCUCCAAGCACUGUGAUUUUGGUUACAGAAGCGGAGAUAAUUCCUGUCCGACCUGCCAGUGCUUGAUUCCGAUUAAAGUCUCAACUUCCCAGCAUGGGUGUACAGGUGUGGGAUGCCACCAAACGAUCGGUACUUCCGGUACAGUAGGACACGUGAUAUCAACGCACCAAUCAGGUUCUCAGGCUGUCCCUAUGAAAACUCCUCAUCACCCAGUACCCCUGGUCCAGAUCACCCAUGUCAGUGGGUCACACGGAGAGGUCGGUUCAUACAACACUAUCUCCAUGUUGAUGAAGUACUGUACAAACGUAGCUCACUGCGUCAACAGCUGUCACGGCGGCUUCUCCUUGACGGGUUCCGAGGCCGGCAGAUGUCCAGCCUGCACCUGCACAAGAACAUCGCAACCAACGGGAUUCAAAGUACCGCAUAUAUUGUCGGUCACGGGUAUGCCAGUUCAACAUCACAGUCACCAGGAUAUACAUAGGAUGUGUCCCGAGACGUUCCGAUGUGGAGAAAUGUGUGCUGAUGGAUUUACAUUGAAAAACGAGCCCGGGAAUCCCUGCCCAUCGUGUAACUGUAUCACGGGACAUAUAAAAGUUACUGCAUCUCCUCAGACAAUCCAUCCUAUUCAGACAGGAAGUCACGUGAUGGUUGAUACGGGGGCUACAGCUGGGAACGUCCCAAUGGGGAUUGCCGGUGGUGGGUCUAGUUCGCUCCCUCUAAAAGCACCUAGUCCUUCCUUGACAGUACCCGGAAUUGUCCCCAGUGUAAACAUAGCCGCACCUCCAUCAUCUGGUGUCAUCGGUUCGGGAAGUCAAGGCGUUCCUUCCGGUUCCGCGGUUCACUUUAACAUAUUGCAAGGACCGGGUGGGGAAAAUAUAGGCGGUCCCCAGGUGGCUGCUGGUCAUGCGCUGUUGUUACAUUCCAAUAACUGUGUCGGUCCCGCAUGCUCAGCGAAAAAUGGAUUUCAUAAAAAUCACGUGGUGACGUCAUCAGUGAAACAGACCCCGCCCAAUCGGUGUGCUCGAAUAAUUCACUGUGUGCUCACGUGUCACUCUGGGUACAAACUGACGGACAAGGACGAGGGCGGGUGCCCUGGGUGUGAUUGUUUACCCAGUAAAUAAAGGCUACUUAAUUAUU